AUGGGAAUUGAAAUGGCUGGUGGUGUUUAUUGUCCAUUAUCACCUCGAGAUCCACAACAUCGUUUGCAUACACUCACACAACAAACACAAAGUCGUCUUGUUCUUGUUCAUCAUUUAACCAAGAGCAAGUUUCAUUAUAAUAUUGUAAUACUUGAUAUUGAUUUAAUAGUGUGCGGCAACGAGAGAAGGGAUAAAGGUGCCGUCGAUGGACUAUCAAAUAUUUCAGUAAAAGAGGACGAUACGGCUUAUAUCAUCUUUACAAGUGGUUCAACAGGAACACCGAAAGUGGUUCAAGUGCGGCAUGGAAAUUUCAAUCAGUAUAUAUAUUCAUUAGUAUGUGGUGAUGUAUUGAAGGAGAAAGAUACAAUUAUACAAAUAGCGCGUUGUUCGUUUGAUGUUCAUGUUCAAGAAAUACUUGGUACAUUGACAACUGGGGCUACACUGGUCAUGCUGCAUUCAGGAGGUAUUACAGAUCCAAAGUAUCUUGCUGAUAUCAUCAAAAAAAAGAAUAUUACGUGCAUUACCGCUGUACCAACUAUUCUUCAAAUUUUAUUUGCUUUUCUGCAACAGUCUACUGAUGUGUCAGCUUUAAUGAGCCUGCGAUGCAUUUGCACUGGUGGUGAAAUGUGGUCUGACAGUCUGGUUACCUUAAUUUUUAGUUCAGUCGCGAAUGAUUGUAAACUGUGGAACCUUUACGGUCCAGCUGAAACAACUAUAGUUUGUACCGUCUAUAGAAUAAAUCUCAUGGCUAAUACACAAAGCAUUGCAAUUGGUAGACCGCUUUCUAAUUACCGAUGUAUGAUUAUGAAUCAAUAUUUACAAUCAUCUGUUACCGGCCAAGAAGGUGAACUACUUAUAGGUGGAGUGGGUGUCUUUGCUGGUUAUCUUGGACGUGAUGAUUUAACUGCAAAAGCUCUUGUUGAAGUAGAUGAUGAAAUAUUUUAUCGAACAGGUGAUCUUGUUAGAAUUGAUAGCAAUGGUCUUCUUCACUAUCAAGGAAGAAAAGAUCAUCAAAUCAAACUACAUGGACAAAGAAUUGAGCUUGGUGAAAUCGAACGAUGUUUACUUAGCAUUACAUCUAUUUCUGCGUGUGUUGUGAUGAAAUGGAAUGACGAUUAUUUAGUUGCUUAUGUUCAAUCUUCUCAUACCAACGAAGAACAACUACGUCAACAUUGUCAAUCUCAUCUUCCACCACAUAUGAUUCCAUCAAUAUUUAUUAUACUUAAUAAACUACCUCUGAAUCAAAAUGGUAAAAUAGAUCGAAAACUUCUUCCUUCACCUCACUUUUCAUCUAAACAUCUUACGAACAGUAUAGAACUAUUACUACCAAUAAAUGAUUUUGAAGUUAAUCUUCAUCGCAUUUGGUGUGAUAUACUAAAACAAAAUCAAAUCUCAACUGAUACAAAUAUAUUUACUAUUGGUGGUCAUUCAUUAAUUAUAAUGCAACUUUUUCAUCGAUACAAGAGCGAGUUUCAUUUAGAAACAAAUACUCUUUCUAUUACCGACUUAUUUCAACAUCCAACAAUUAUUCAUCAUGCUCAACUCAUUCA